AUGACUGAGAUUGAUUUGUUCAGUAAUCAUGUUGUUGGUCGAAAAAUUUUUGUCGACACGGCACUUCGUCGACAAAGCAUUUUAUCAAUAAACUCAGAUAGAUAUGAUUUUCGUCGAAAAUUAACAAAAAUUAUCAAUUCAUUUCAAGAAUUUUUUCAUUUCGAACAAUCAGAAUUUGAAGAGAUUGAUGAUUCAACAUUUGCACAUCGUGUUACAACAUUAAUUCUUCGACAUUCAAAUAAAAUUAAUCUAACUCAUUAUCCUAAUAUUCGUGCAUUAAAACUUCAAUGCCAUACUAAACAACAAUUUAAUCAAACAAUAAACCAAUCUCAACUUGAACAUUUAUAUAUUGGUCAUGCAUUUUAUGAAUGUGACACUCGAUAA